UCAUUAAACCGGAUAUCCGACUAGAAAGUUCGUUGCACGUGGAUCCACGUUUUCUAGCUUCCUAAAAUAAAGUUGGAUUUUUUAAAACUUAUAAAGCUUCAUAUCAAGACUUUUCGUCAUGUUUUUGCAGUUUUAUCUUAACGAGUCUGGAGACAGAGUAUAUACUCUGAAGAAGGCAUCUCCUGAUGGGCAGCCCACCAGCUCUGCCCAUCCGGCUCGUUUCUCUCCGGAUGACAAGUUUUCCAGACACCGAGUGCAGCUGAAGAAACGCUUUGGCAUUCUGCUCACCCAGCAGCCCAGGCCAGUCCUGUGAGGGAGCUGGAAAGAGUGGAGUGAGGAGGCAUGGAUGGAUGAAGAGCUGAAGAUGGCAACAUGGAUUUUGAAAGGACACUUGGUGUGUUGGACCUGCUGGUUUGGAUCGAUUACAUGAGGUCUUUAGAUUUUAGUAGAGGUUAUUGUCAUUUUUUAUGCUUAAAAAUGUUUAAUGAAUUUUCUUGGAAUACUGUUUGAAUUCAGGAUUUGAUGGCUAAUUCUCCUUUAUUGCAUAAAUUUAAACAAGUGAGGUGUACUUGACAUUGUCUGCAGUAAAAUAAUACUAUGUUAGCUCUUAUAACCUCUAUUUGUAUGCCAGUUUUAUUUUGGGGGGGGGGGAACAUAUAAGAAAAUUUGAGUACAAAUAACGUUUAUUGUGAAUAUAAACUAGAAUGUGAAAUAUAAGGUGUUUACUAUUCAGUCAUGGUGUGUAAUUUAUGAGCUGCAGACAGUUUCCCAGAGGUAUUUUUGUUUGUGCUAAAUGAAUCUUGACUAUUCACAAAACACUGAGUCAGUGACUGUUGAAUGUCAUGUUUUGGUUUCAGUAACAUCUUGGACUAACUGAAAAGACAAAAUGAACAGUAAAAUAAUUAACACCCUCAAA